AUGAUUGGCAAAGUUAAACGGUUUUGGGGUCUUUUUGUUUGGCUCGUUAUCAUUGUUUUGGCUGCUGGAGGUGCUCGAUCCUCACCAGAUAAUGUUUCAGAAAGUGACGGAGGUCAGUGUAGUCCCUGUCCUAUACAAGAACCGAGCAAGUUCUGCCAGCAUAGAGGUAGUCAGUGUUGUUUCGACAAGUCUAAACAGCUGAUGUAUUGCAUGUGUCGGAAGGAUUUUACGGGAACCCAAUGCCAGGAUCAUUUUCUGCCUAGUCGUGACAAACAGAUGAACUUGACCUUGCUGGCCACGGGGUUAAGUCUUUUUAUAACCCUCAUUGCUCUGGCAGUCUUAGUCUUCGUCAUCGUCCUAAGUGUCAAAAGCAUUCUGAUAAACAGGAAGUCGAGACGAAAGCAAGAAAAGAAAUUGCACACGGAAUGUUUAGACAAAGAACUUUUGUACGUGCAAGGAGAACUUGAAAAAUUGACUCCCGUUGAAAAAAUGUCGAAACUGGCAAGAUUUUCAAAAAUAAUUGAAGCGACGGCUCGAGCGGCCAUCCUCACUUACCCAUCCAUCAUCAACCCGCAACCACUUUCGUCGCACGAGGCCAUGGUCGGCUCUAGGUUUUGUCUCAUCCCUAGACACGAUUCUGCACCGACGUCUCUAUUCUCCUUGGAUUGUUUGUCUAGUUUUUACAUUUUAUUUCCUCUGUAG